AUGGAAGGUCUCUUUAACUGUAAUAACUGUAAGGGAAAAGACAAUAAUAAACGGGUUGGGUCGGGUCGGGGUGGCAGUCGGUUUUUGCAGGGAGCAGACACGGAUCCGGAUGACGUGGCAAAGAUAAGGGAAGCUUUACAAACUGGGUCGACCUACUGUGGAAGGUUACUGAAUUACAAGAAGGACGGUACUCCCUUUUGGAACCUUCUUACUAUUGCCCCUAUCAAGGACGAUGAUGGCAGAGUCCUUAAAUUUAUAGGAAUGCAAGUGGAGGUUAGCAAGCACACAGAGGGGACAAAGGAGAAGAUGCUACGUCCCAAUGGAUUACCCGAAUCCUUGAUUCGAUACGAUGCUCGUGAGAAGGAGAAGGCAAACAGUACAGUAUCUGAGUUGUUGCAGGCUGUGAGGAGGCCACGGGCACUGAGUGAAUCAGCAGGCCGUCCCGUGAUCAGAAAGUCAGCAUCAGGUGAUGAUGCUCAAGCUAAACCAGAGAAGCCAUCCAGAAGAAAAUCUGAGAGUGUCUCUUCUUUUAGACGCAAAUCACAUGCAGGAGACGCAACUUCAAUGGAAAAAAUCACUGAGCUACCUGAAAAGAAACACAAGACAUCUCGUCGACGUUCCUUCAUGGGGUUCAUCAGGAAAAGUCAGUCAAAUUUUGGAAGCUUCAAUGAUAAAGCAGUCAUUGAGGACAGCUCUGAGAGUAGUGAUGAGGAUGAUGAGAGGUGUGGUAGUUUUGAUGGCAAAGUACAGAGGAGGGAAAAGAGAAAGGGUCUUGAUCUUGCUACCACACUCGAACGUAUUGAGAAGAACUUUGUCAUCACUGAUCCCAGGCUGCCUGAUAAUCCCAUUAUCUUUGCAUCCGAUAGCUUCUUGGAGCUUACGGAGUAUAGUCGUGAAGAAAUCUUGGGAAGAAAUUGCAGGUUUCUGCAAGGGCCUGAAACUGAUCCAGCAACAGUGAGAAAAAUUCGAGAGGCUAUUGACAAUCAAACUGACGUUACUGUGCAACUCAUCAAUUAUACAAAGAGUGGUAAAAAGUUCUGGAACUUGUUUCAUUUGCAACCUAUGCGAGAUCAGAAGGGAGAGGUACAGUACUUCAUUGGAGUUCAACUUGAUGGUAGUCAACACGUGGAGCCUCUUCAAAACCGCAUUGCAGAAGAUACUGCAAAAGAGGGAGAACAAUUGGUAAAAGAAACAGCUGAAAAUGUCGAUGAUGCACUGAAAGAACUUCCAGAUGCUAAUUUGAAACCAGAAGAUUUAUGGAUGAAUCAUACAAAAGUGGUUCACCCCAAACCUCAUAGGAGGGAUGAAGCUGCUUGGAAAGCUAUUCAGAAGAUCCUAGAAAGUGGAGAGCAGAUUGGCUUGAAUCAUUUUAGACCAGUUAAACCUUUGGGAUCAGGAGAUACUGGCAGUGUCUUUCUGGUGGAGCUAGGCGAAACUGGCCAAUAUUUUGCCAUGAAGGCUAUGGAGAAGGGUGUUAUGCUCAAUCGUAACAAAGUACAGAAUUAA